AUGACCACUGUCGACACCCUUUUGACUUCCUGUGGCACCCGUACUGGUACUCUAAAAGGGAUGCUACUAGCUAAAUAUACGACCGGGUGGGUGAUCGCGAGAAAUCACCAGAACAAGAACAAGCAGACGAAGACGAGCAUUUCGUGUCAGGGCGCACAACACAGAUCCGAUAUGCCAUGUUGCCUAUUUGCACAGCUGCAUGUCUCCCAAUCUUCAGUCAAGUCAGUGGCGGUGUUUGCUCCCCUAUUGAGACCCCACUCUCCCAUCAAGCUUGUUGGCAUCAUCUAA